AUGACACAUUUUCUCCUGAAAAUUUUAGAAGAGGACAAAGUUCCAAAGAUGCUCCGAAGAGUCCUUGUACAGCUGUCGCUCAACAGUAUGAAAUCUGCAAAUAUAUGCAUAGGUCGUCCAGUCUUGCUUACCAGUGUAGAUGGAAGGCAAGAGGUCUGUACUGCAUGGCCUACUGCAGGCUUUCCAGGAGGGAGAGUUGGACUGAGUGAAACCACGCAGAAGAACCUGAAAGUAAAUCCGGGUGAUUCAGUCACUGUGCAGCCUGUGACUGGUGCAGUCAUCCAGGCAGAAGAAAUAGAUGUAAAGUUGAGGGACAAGGAUGCCUCUAUUAAUGCUGAGGAAAUGUCUGUCUGUCUACUGAGAAACCUAGAUGGGAAAGUAGUUUUGCCAGGAAACCUCUUGGCUUUCACUUUCUAUGGCAAACUUUGUAACAUCGUGGUGAUGAAAGUGAAAGGAACUGAUGGUGCAGAGCUGACCGCCCCGGGCAGUGCCAUUUCCAGUGAAAUGCAUGAGCCAGACCUUGAAAAAUCUGAGUUGGAGACAAGUACACUAGAGACAAGUACACUAGAUCUGUCCUUGCAGCUCGGCAAGAUGGGCAUUGACGAUACUCUGGAGAUUGCAUCUCUGAGCACGCCAAGCAAACUAAUGGCUCCAGGGUCACCAGUUACACCCAGUUCUGCUCUGGUAGCUGGUGGUCGAGACUCUGGUCAGACAGAUGAACCUAAUUAUAGCAAGGAAAAUGUCAUAGACCUCACUGAUGAUUUGAAGUUGGCUGGGAAAGGAGGUGGUGAGAGACUCCCACUGACUGGCAAACCUGGAAUGAUAAGCAGUGCGGACAUUUUCUAUUUCAUUUCUUCAAGAACUAGAAUCAAUUUCAUUGAAACUAGGACCAGUGAGGCAGAAGAUGGUGACUGUGAAUCUCAGGUUACCUACGAUAUGAUAGGAGGGUUAAGCAGCCAGCUCAAAACUAUUAGAGAAACAAUUGAACUGCCAAUGAAGCAACCUGAACUGUUCAGGCGUUACGGAAUUCCUCCUCCUAGAGGAGUGCUAUUAUAUGGCCCGCCAGGUACUGGGAAGACUAUGAUUGCCAAAGCUAUUGCAAAUGAGGUUGGCGCUCAUGUUACUGUUAUUAAUGGUCCUGAAAUAAUAAGCAAAUUUUAUGGAGAAUCUGAAUCAAGAUUACGUCAGAUAUUUGCUGAAGCUUCUUUGCGUUUCCCAUCCAUUAUAUUUAUAGAUGAGUUGGAUGCACUCUGUCCAAAGAGAGAAGGGGCCCAGAAUGAAGUUGAAAAGAGAGUUGUAGCUUCGUUGCUGACAUUAAUGGAUGGCAUUGGCUCAGAGGGCAGUGAAGGGCAGCUCUUGGUACUUGGGGCCACUAAUCGUCCUCAUGCACUGGAUGCAGCCCUGCGCAGACCUGGGCGUUUUGAUAAAGAAAUAGAAAUUGGGAUUCCUAAUGCACAGGACCGGCUGGACAUACUCCAAAAGCUUCUUAAGAAAGUUCCUCAUUCACUCACAGCAGCAGAGUUAGCGCAACUGGCUGAUCGUGCGCAUGGAUAUGUGGGUGCAGACUUAGCAGCCUUGUGCAAGGAAGCAGGUUUGCAUGCGCUGCGGAGAGCACUGGGAAAAAGAGCUAAUCUACUAGACAGCGAGGUGGCUGGGUCGGUGAUGAUUGCUUUCAAUGACUUCCUGCAGGGGAUGAAUGAUGUCAGGCCCAGCGCCAUGAGGGAGGUGGCAGUUGAUGUGCCAAAAGUAUCUUGGUCAGACAUAGGAGGACUAGAAGAUGUCAAGCUGAAAUUGAAACAGGCAGUUGAAUGGCCACUCAAACAUCCUGAUUCCUUCAUCCGAAUGGGGAUUCAGCCACCAAAAGGUGUGCUGCUCUACGGACCUCCUGGAUGCUCAAAAACAAUGAUAGCAAAAGCUCUGGCUCAUGAAAGUGGUCUCAACUUCUUGGCAGUGAAGGGACCUGAGCUGAUGAACAAAUACGUUGGUGAGUCUGAACGAGCAGUGAGAGAGAUCUUUAGGAAAGCCAGAGCGGUGUCUCCUUCAAUUCUUUUCUUUGAUGAAAUAGAUGCCCUGGCAGUUGAAAGGGGAAGCUCUUCAGGUGCUGGAAAUGUAGCAGACCGUGUCUUGGCUCAAUUGUUAACGGAAAUGGAUGGGAUAGAACAGCUAAAGGACGUGACUAUUUUGGCAGCUACAAACAGGCCGGACAUGAUAGACAAGGCCUUGCUGAGACCAGGGAGAAUAGACAGAAUCAUCUACGUGCCUCUGCCCGAUGCGGCCACUCGUGCGGAGAUCUUCAAACUUCAUUUUCAGUCCAUGCCAGUCAGCAAUGAAAUCUGCUUAACAGAGCUCGUUCAGAAUACGCAGAAGUAUUCAGGAGCAGAGAUACCCCAUUGCCUAAGUUCAGCGAGACCUGGCAAACGAGCAGGCCAGCGGGCAGAGAGUGAUCGCUCACGAGUCCAAGAACAACUUGACUUUUCAUGCAGUGUGGUCAGCCUCAUGCGUUUGCGCCUGCCUGACAACUGCGGUGCUCAAAGGCCUCAGAUAACAGCAGUCUGUAGAGAAGCAGCCCUUCUAGCUCUUCAGGAAGAUAUACACGCCAAAUGUAUAAUGGGACGGCAUUUUCGGUAUGCGUUGACUGUUGUGACCCCAAGAAUUCCUGAUUCGUUAAUCCAGUUUUAUGCAGAUUAUCAGCAGCAAAGUGGACUACAUGCGCUUUGAAAGGCAAAUAAAUACAUAUGCCCAUUCAGAGUAUGAAUAGCUAAUUUCCUUUGUAAAGUCUUCAAAAGCUAAAGAAUUUUGUAUUGUAAAUGGAGUGUCUGAAGUUAAUUCAAGUGCAGAAUCGUCAUAAUAAACACACAUGUGGAAUUACUGAGUGCA